CUGUGAAAUUACUCCAUAUUUACAUUUGCAUGCAGCAAUAUACUAGUCGAACGCCAUUUUUUGUAUAUGUUGUUAUAUAUUAUUUGAAGAAAAGUAUUCGUAUUUAUAAAAGAAUUGGAAUUUUGUGGUCUAGUUCAUAAUCUGUUUUAUAACUUAUCGUAUGUGCGUUCAAACGAACUACAUUUUUAUUGCAAGUGGUAUUCAGACAUGCGCGAUGACACCAGUCUGAAGAUUGAAUAAGCAUCUUCAUAGAGACGACUUCCUGUCUUUUACUAGUUGUGGCUGAUGUAUUUUAUAUGUGUCAAAAAUGGUGGAAAUAAGGACAAAAUGGGAAAGAAGUAGAAUACUUUAUUCGGCAAAUCAUGACAGAGGCACAUGAAGAUGGCAACUACUUGGUUAGAGUGCGUGCCCAGGUGAUGAUGCGUGACGACAGCACGGGUGGAUGGGUCCCUAUGGGAGGUGGGGGCUUAUCCAACGUGUCUGUCUGCAAACAUGCUGUACCUUGUGAUCUUGGAGAGAACAAACACGAAUACCUUAUUUAUGGGAAGCGUAUUUCCGAUCAGUCAGUAGUCUUCAGUUGCACAAUCAAGAAAGAUUUUGAGUACAAUAAAGUAAUGCCUACAUUUCAUCAUUGGAAGACUGGUGACAAAAAGUUUGGACUCACUUUCCAGACUGCAGCAGAUGCUCGGGCUUUCGAUAAAGGAGUUAGAACGGCUGUUGAGGAGUUACUUGAUGGUCUGUCUGAAUGCUCACCCCUUCACAAAUACAAUGCAGAUGUAGGAGACGAUGAUGUAUUUAUGACGCUGAAUCUGCCUGUGGAACGUGGAGAUUCACGUUCGUCAUCAGAUUCGUCGACAACACGCGGAGGAAGUCGUCAUGCAACGCCACCAACGGAACCCCACCAUCUACAUCGCAUACAUUAUGUGACCCGAAGAACUGCGGGAGGUCCAGCGUCUGGCACUCCCACUGACAGACAGUCACAGACUCCAGGUCUGCCAUUGGAGCCCUCAAGUCCACCACCAGUGACAGAACCAGCAACCAAGGAAAAUUACUCAUAUGUGCAGUUAACGGCUGUGCACGAGUAUAUCUAUCCUGUUGUGGAGGAACGGAAACACCGUGAUUCCUCUGGCAGCCUCAAGAAACGCAGCCCACCUGACGCCGGAGGUGGUGGUGCACCAGCCUCUCCACCACCACCAAUUCCACCUCCAGGGGCUGUCAGCGGAAAAGGUCGUGGAACUAUUGGUGUAACUUCUGGUAGGCGUAGGCGUUGCCGUCACUGCCAAGAAAUGUAUCUGGAGGACCACAAUCCCCGUGGCAGCUGCGAGUAUGCACCCGAUUGUGUGCGUACUAGUAUUGAAAGAGUGGCAUGUGUUUCUUGUGCGCAGUGUCUCGUGUACCAUUGCGCAGCAGAUGCAGAAGGUGAAUUUGUACGGCAUCCUUGUGAUUGUGGUCGUGAUGAAGGCUGUGGACGGCGUUGGGUGGGCCUAGCUCUGCUGUCGCUGCUGGUUCCCUGCCUAUGGUGCUACCCUCCUCUCAGGGCUUGCCAUUUGUGCUGUGUAGCUUGUGGUUUGUGUGGCGGUCGUCAUCGACCGGCUUCCUAGCCCAGCCCACCCCCGCGCCUUCCGAAGGUGCUGUUGCCCUAAAGGGCUUUCAAGAGAUUGCAGAUUUGCGAGACUUCCUUCUCCUUGAAUCAGAAUGCCCAACUGGCUCACAGGGAAUUUUAGGGAAAACACCAGUAACCAGUGCCAUGCCACAGUUACUGAUGGCUUUUCAUUGGCAUCUUUGUUCAGUAGUCCAUAGGAUGUUGCCCCUCUUACAAGUAAAAAGUUGAGGUUCACAGUCCUCAGUGGCGGGCUCUGUAGACACAUAGGUGACACUGCUUUGUUUAAGGUACCCCUUGUGUAAUUGCCAGGAGUUGUGCGAUAGGUUAAUGUGAAGUUGCUAACAAGUGCCACAGAAGAAAUUGUUGUGUCAAAUAGGCUGAUCCCCAGAUACUGUGCAGCGACUUGCUUUGUUAUGGAAUUGUGUGUCAUUUCCAUUUUGCUGAAAUAUCUGUGUAUAGUUAUUGUGGCCUGAAGCUGCACAGUUAUGUUAAUCACUGAGUGCAGGCAAGACAGUGUGGUGUGCCAAAGUGAGAAUGUUAAACUGUAUUUUCCAGUUACACGUACAGAUGAAAAUUUAUCCCACCGGACAGGUAUUACAGUCAGCAACUGUCAGAUUUAUUGAAAGAUGCACUUGAUAUGGAAAUCGUUAAAAUAAUGUGAAUACCAUUGUACCAAGGGGAAGUUGUGAUGGGUUUGACUACAGUCUCCCACAAGAAUGUUGGUUUCACUCAUGGUAUUACCAAAGAAAAUGUAACUGCCACUAAUUUUUCUUGUAGUUUUGUAUACAAUUGAAACAAUUGCAGGAUAAAUAUUGGCCUAUUGGAUACAGAAUGUGGGUGCAGAAAUAUUUGUCAACAUGCUGCUAUAAAUCCACUUCUGUCACACAAAUUAUCCUGCAGUUGAAAUGGUGAAUGUUCUUUGUGUUAACUACUUUGAACAAAAGUAAUGGAGAUUGUGUUGAUUUUUAACCUGAAAUGGAGAAAAAUUCUAUUUGGUCUGUAUUGUCAUAAAAAAACACUGCUCAUAUGACCUGGCUUGUCGUAGCAGCACUGUGAUUCAUCUCCCUCUUCAUUCGGUAUAACAGAGAAAAUAUAAUUUAUUGUAUGUGUGUGUUUUUUUUUUCUUCAUGUGGAAUUUUUGCAUAUGAAAGGAAAGUGAUUUCCUGUAUCCAGUAAAUUGUAUCGUCAUCAUCCAGCACAUAUAUUUUGAAGUGCCAGUCUCUCUCUCACCCCCCUAUUAUCUUGUACCCCAGUGCCUGCAAUCUCCUCUGUCCCUGCAAUGCAAUCUCCUCUGUCCCUGCAAUCUCCCCUCCCGCCUUUCCCGUCUCUCCUCCCACUGUGGCUGUCUGCUGCCCCUCCUCGCCCAUUACCAUCUCCUGCCCCUAUCCUCCUCCUCAACUCUCUUCCACAUCGUUUCUCGCCCCUCUUUUCCCACUUCCUCUUCCCACUCCCCUGUCUCAUGCUGUCAUCCAUUCCCUCUCCAGCUCUGACUUCGUGCCAUCCCAUCUAUGCCAUUCCUCUCUUCCAUUUCAUUCCCUUAUAUCACUUCCCAACUCCUUUUCACUUCCCAACUUCUUUCUUUCCCACUUUAUUUUCCCCACCUAACUCCUUUCUUUCCCACUUUAUUUUCCCCUCCUCUCCAGUUCCUCACCUGCUCCCAGUCUAUCUCCAACAUAGUCCCAAACUCACUCCUUCUUCCUAAGUAUAUACCCUCCUCAUUCCAACUACACCAUCCUGCUUCCCACUGUGCCUUCUCCACAUUAGGUAAUGAAAAGGAGGCUCUGUCACCAACCUGCUCAUAUGACCUGGCUUGUCGUAACAGCACUGUGGUAAGACAGCAACUUCUUUAAGGGAGCUGUGGAGGAGUGACGAAAGAACACUGUCUGCUUGCCCAUAUUAUCAUAAGCAUGCGUUUCGAAAGUGGCCAAGCUAACGCUAAUGCUCGUGUCUACCAAGCUUCCUCCUAAUGGCCUAACUAGUGCCAGAAUAAUUGAUACCAUUUAAUUUCUCAAGGCACAUGGAUUGUUGGAUUAUGUAUUGACAGUUUUUUUGGGAUUUUAACAGCAAGAUAGUAGCAAAAUUAAGUGUGAAUAAAUAUUGUAUGUGAAAGGGAGAAGAAAGAAAAAGUAAAUUGUGUAGAAGUUUUUCCCUCUGAUGAAAGGCAGUUACUGACUGACAGAAAUUUUGCCACAUACUAGUACCAGUUCUGAAAGAAAUCAAAAGUAUUAUCAGAGUACAUUGUUCUGUGAAAAUAUGACACUUAAUUUUGAAGUAGUGUUUCCUGGAAGGAACUAUUAUUGUAUAUUGAUUAGGCACUCUGAAUAAUAAUUGGAGUUAAUAGCAGUUUAAUUAUUGUACAGGAUCAUUGGCUUACCACUUGUUUCACUGCGAAUUAUUAUGAAUUGUUUCCUUAUGUGGGAACAUUCGACGUAAAAAAAUUUUUCAAACCUUAAUAGGUGAUGACAAUAUUGUGGCAGCAUAGAGAUGACUGUUCACUUUGCAAAGGUAAGUAUUUCAACUUAGGCAGGCAGUAUUUGCUGUUUCACGAAGAAUUUAUAUGAAUUGAGGUUAAUUAUUUUGUAUUGUCAUUUAAAUUAAUAGUUUGAGUUGCUGCAUUUCUAUUUAUUUCAUUCAGCUUUUGCGACACUCGCUACUUUAAAUUAGAAAUUCUGUUAUCUGUCGAAACAUUUUUAUGAGCAAGUAAUUUGUUUGUGGGACACAAAAAAUGAUUUCAAGGUACAGCUGACCAAACGUGGUGAAGUCUAUUUAUGUAUACUGAAAUGAAGUACACAAGAGAUUGGUGUAUUAAGUGCUGUUUUAUAUAAUCUGGUCAAUUGUUGAAAGGUUUGUAGUAAAUGCUGGUUACUUUGUUAAUUCUCUCUCUCUCUCUCUGUCUCUCUCUCGUGCGUGUUCAAAUUAGUGAAAGAUGUUAAUAACUGAGCAGUUUUAGUGCUUAUUCUAUGAAUGUUUAUGUUGUUGAGUCUCCUUUCCUUCAACACAUUGUACUUUGUGUACAGUUUUUUGAAUUUCUGGCACCUCUAGUAUCUUUUUGAUACCUUGUAUUAAUCUUUUACUUUUUCUUUCAAUAAUUCUGUUUACUCUCAUUCUUAUCUUGUUAUAUUUGUUUGGUGUUGCUUAGUUUUUAUCUGAAUUUUAGUUUUGAAAAAUUUAUUUUAGUUAAUAUUUGUAUACCUUUUCUUUAUUGAUGACUGUGAUGUGUGCAGUGACAAUCAGAACUAUUAUAUCUGCUUUUUUUGGGGGAGGGGGAUAUGGCAGUAAUUGAGGACAACGCGUUUUUAAUUAAACAUCUCAACAUCACAACCUCUUUCAGCGUCAUAUAACUAUUCUUGUAUAUGGUGAAGUAUGCUUAACCAUUUCUUGAAAAGACGAUUUGUUAAUCAAUAAAAUUAUCAUUUUGUUACGGAGAACUAAAGAAUUGGUUGGAAGUAUUAUUUUGCAUUGUGGUGUGUCUGUAACACUUCUUAAAAUGUCAGUAUCAGUGUCUUAAUGUAUGAUCUUAUUAUCUUUGCAGUUUGCAUCAUCUACAUUCAGUGUUAUUCUUAUUAAAUCCAUUCUGCUGUUCUGCUUUCAGCUUUGAUGAAUAGUUGUUUAGAUGUGCCUUCAUAGUUACUUGACGUUGGGCUGGGAAAAAAAUGUGUACAUGAGCCCACUCUGUUCUGUAGAACUUGGUUUUGUUUUCUGUAAUUCCUCCUAUUAUGUUAGUUUUUACCCACAUUUGCCCAUCAAGUUUCUUAAAUGUGUGGACAUUAGUACUCCUUUUACUUAAAGUAAAAUUUGGAGUACCUGCUUGCAUUGAAGUGGAACAGAACACUCAUUUUUUCAACACUACUUUAGUUUUCAAGGAAAGUGUACAAAAUAUUAGAAGAGAUGGUCAUGAGGCAAUCUCCUUGGAAUUCACAAAAAAAUUACUUGAGUGGUGGAACACACUUUCACGCUCUUUUGUGUGGUGCAUGACUCCCGAUAAUUGAAAUUGUAGUAUUAUUCAGCGUAACUGGAUUAAAUCAAUUAGUUGUCAAGUGUGUCUCUUUUUGGUUUAUUUAAACAGCUUAAACAUUAUAUUUGACUUAAUGUGCAGUGCAACAAAAUAUCCAACUCUUUUUGACAGUUAAAUAAUAAUCUUGUUUGGAAGUUUGUUUCCCUUCCUUUUAUUUUGAGUUUUGUGAUGACUGAGUAGCAGCAGUCAAAUUAUGAAUUAGUAUUACAAAUGCAGGAAAAAUCUUUUUCUCUUCAUAGAAAUGCGCAGGAUAAUGUUACUUUAAAUACUUAAAUAGGACUGUAGAAGACUGUGGAAAAGUUUAAAAAUGACAUACAUUAGAAGUCGUGCAAAUAUUGUUGAAAAGGAAGUGCUAAAUUACUAAAGUACAAGAGAAGAAAGAAAAUGACUUGCAGGAGGUUAAGAACAAUUACCACCACCAGUUUAAGUUCCAGAAAUGGAGAGCUGGAAAAUUUUCUAAAUUUAAAAGAAAAAUUAGAUAAAGCUUUAAUAGAUCUUAAAUUAGACUGUGUGUGUGUGUGUGUGUGUGUGUGUGUGUGUGUGUGUGUGUUUCUGUUUGGGGGGGGGGGGGGGGUAAAAAUUAACAGGAGAUGGCAAUUGAGAUAUUACAAGGAAAAAGAGAAGCCUUCAGUCAGAUGUAUGGCCACAUAUAAAUACCAACAUUUGUGUGUGUGUGUGUGUGUGUGUGUGUGUGUGUGUGUGUGUGUGUGUGUGUGAGAGAGAGAGAGAGAGAGAGAGAGAGAGAGAGAGAGAGAGAGACACUAUUACACAUAAAUAAAUAUUUUGAAAAUACCAGUGUAGGACAUUUUUGGACAUACAAGAUGUCAUUGUCUCUGUGUCACAAGUGUCUUGGUUUUGCUCCCUGGAGCUAUUGCAGAUAUUUGUAAUAUGCCUUACUCUCUGAAUAUCUGCUGUCAGCAAAUAGCAGUACAGUAUUUUAUGGACUUUGUCAUUAUCCAUUAUACUUCCUGCCAUCUUUUAUUUUGUCAUGAAUGUGAGGAACCAUUACUUUUGUUCAGAGUUGGACAUUGAAUAAGUGUUAUGAAAAGUUGUUGUCAUUGUUGGGUUAAAACUCUUGAAAAAAUAUUGUACUUCUGUCCCGGUGUAGUUGACUGUCAUUUCCGUUGUGACAUGAUCUGUGAAUUCUUGCCGAAGAAAGAAAAUAUACGGUGUUUCCACAACAUGAAAUGUCUUAAAUAUGACAAUGUAGCCAACGAAAUUGUUCAUUUUAUUCACAACGCUUUUAUUGUAUUGUUCAUUAUUAUUAUUUUUUUAUUGUGACUGUUUCCUGUAUGUUUUAAUUACCGAGUCACACACUCUUUUUGUAUCAUUUUUAAGCACCACUGGAAAGAGUUAUUUGUUUUUGUGUUACAAAUAGAAAAAAACAACUUUUGUA